AUGAGUCCGUUCCGUAUAGUCUACCUAAAGGCUUGUCACCUUCCGGUUGAGGUAGAACACAAAGCUUACUGGGCUGUGAAGGAAUGCAACUCAGGAUUGGGAGAAUCCGGAAUUGAAAGGAAAUUACAACUGGAAGCGUAUGAGAACUCAAGGCUCUACAAAGAAAAGGUGAAGGCGGUACAUGACAAGAACAUCAAGAGAAGAAAGUUUAGAGCUGGGGAUCAAGUCCUUCUCUACAACACAAGAUUGAGGUUUAUGCCAGGCAAACUGAGGUCAAGGUGGGAUAGACCCUACAUGGUGGAGAAGGUGAAACCGUAUGGAGUUGUCCACCUAAGUCACCCCUUAAGCCCUACCUUCUACAAAGUCAAUUGCCACUGUUUAAAGCUCUAUCAUGGUGCAAAAGUGAAGAACAACAAGGAGCUGGAGAUCUUCCUCUUGAAGGAUCCAGCAAAGGAAGAGGACUGA